UUAUUAUUUAAUUGAGAGAGGUGUGAAAUUCUAGAAAUUCGGAAAUUUUACUAUAGCAAAACCGCCUUUGGCUGAGCCAGGGUUGUUUUUCAAACGGUUUCGUUAGUUGGAGGUGUAGGAUGUCCGGUUUCAUAGUUCAAGGGCCAAAAUCGGACUAUGUGAUAGUUUAGGGUUGAAAAACAGACUUUUCCCUUUUGGUGAUGAGCGACUUGUUGGCGAUAAUCGUUGUGGCAUCCAUUGUCCUGCAUAAUAUAAAGCAUGGUCUCACCUAGGUUUGAUAGUAGAGUCGCAUGCUGGCCCAUGUGAGGGCCUCGCUGAUGUUGUUGUGCUUGAUGCGGUGGUGCCCUGUAGGGAGACAGGAUUAUUGCUGUUCCCUGACUCCUGUAGCAACACAGUUUGGUUGUUGGGGUUGGCGUUGCUGUGGUGAAGGGGAUGAACCAUCGCAUUGUAUGGCAAUGGUUCGUGGUCUGCAUUUUUUGCAACCUGCAAGGAUGGAGCAAAGUCUACCUGGAAGGGAGUUCAGUUGGCUUUGGCGUGAGUCCAGCAGUUGCUGGAACAGAAUUUUGGGUCCUGACCAGAGGUGGCAUGGUGUAGGAGGCGGGGUCGUUGGUGGAACUAGAAUAAUAUACACCAUAGAAGCAUGGUGGAACCUAUCUGGACCGUCCAUCAAGGUUGGUGAUGCUUUGGCCGGAAUGGAAGGCGAUGGAUGCUUGCGGCGGAGCGGCAACUUGAACUCGCAGAAGAGAAGAAACAGCGAGUCCGGUGCUGGGAGAAGGUAUUACAUCUUGCUCAUUCGAGUAAAUUGCAGUGGAGGUUCGGGAAGCACGGAGGCAUCAAUUGACCUGAACAAUUCUAUAAGUUCAUUGCCCAGCAAAAGGCAAAAAGUAGCAAGGCCUGUUGCGUUCUGUGGGUUCGAAUCUGAAUCGGCAGCUAAUGGUUUAGAACACCUGCACAUAAAGAGCCAAACUGGGACGGUGAAAGAGAGCCCAUGUGCUGCAGUUGAACAGAUUAAAUCACGGGAUCACGGUACUGGCAAAGGAGCUAAUGAAAAUCAAGAAGCUGGUUUAGUUUUGGCGGAGGUUGUUGCCGACAAUGCUGCACCAGGCCGGGUUGAUCCAUGGUUAGCUGGCUGUAACAUGAAUCAUUGGGACCUUAAUGAGCAACCAGCAGAGAGCUCAAGCACUAUGUGUGGCGUAGUAAAUGGUGGGGGUGCUGCAAUUGUGUCAGUAGAUGCUGAAGUCUCAAGCACUAAUCAACAAGUAGUUGGCUGGAAGACAAGGAAUUGCGUGAGCAGCAGGCCAGAUCAUAGGGGAAAAGGAAUUAGGGAAAACAAGUGCACUGGAGCAGGCUCUUAUGAAGUUUGCAGAUCGAAAUUCAGAGUACAUCAUCAACCCUGCAGUGGGUACUGAAUUUGAUGACUGCGAGGAAGCUUAUGAGUACUACAACUUGUACUCGUGGGAGUGCGGCUUUGGAAUAAGAUUUGGCAAAAAGAUCUACUCAAUGACCAGGGAAAGCUUGAAACUGCCUCAGGAAAAGAGGUAUCAGCUGGGUCAGGAAUUUAACUGCUGUUGCAGUGGUAGGCCGAGCAGGGAGCUGAAGACAACGUCAGCUAGGACAAACUGCCCCGCAAAGCUUCAGCUAGGGAGGACAGCUGAUCACGGGUGGGUUGUGGUUGAGCAUAGUCCCAUACACAACCAUGAAAUGAGUGAGACAUAUGGGGAGAACAAACUGUGGCCAUCACAUACUCAUCUUGAUAAGUACACCAGGUCAUUAGUGCGUAUGUUAAGGGAAAAUAAUGUUCCAAUAACGAAGCUGUACAGUAUACUUGGUACAUUCUUCGGGAAGAUGGAAAACGUACCCACUACAAAGAGGUGUUUGAAGAAUCUAUGCCACAAGAUAAAUAGGGAGCAGGCUGAAAAUGAUAUUAAGAAGACUCUUAAUCUUUUUGGUGAGUUCAUGAAGGAUGAUCCAGGGUUCAUGUAUUCAAUAGACCAAGAUGAAGAUGGGAGGAUAAAAACUAUGAUAUGGACCAAUAGUAAGAGUAGGAUGCAGUAUGAGAACUUUGGGGAUGCUAUCACGUUUGACACGACAUACAAAACAAACAUGUAUGAGAUGCCAUUCGGGCUAUUCGUUGGUGUCAACAACCAUUUUCAGUCAGUUUUGUUGGGCGGGGUAUUGAUGACAGAUGAGAAGAUAGGGACUUUCAGAUGGAUAUUCAAAGAAUUUACAAGGUUAAUGGGAGGCAAGGAACCAGUGACAAUUCUCACCGACCAGUGUAGGGCAAUGGAGGUUGCUAUCGCAGCGGAAUGGAAAAAAAUAUCCCAUCGAUGGUGCAAAUGGCAUGUCCUGAAGAGGAUUGUAGAGUGUUUGGGGACAAAAAACACACAGAAUAGGGAAUUCAGAGAUCAGUUUCACAAGCUGCUGAAGGUGAUGCUUACUAUUGAUGAAUUCGAAAGACAGUGGGCUGGAUUGAUGUAUUUGUAUGGACUGGACAAAGACCCCUUCGUGCUUCAGAUAUAUGCAACAAGGGAAAAGUGGGUAAAGAGCUACUUCAAGGGUAUUUUUUGUGCUCGCAUGACCAGCACGCAGCGGAGCGAGAGUGCCAACAUGAUGCUGAAAAAUAUAGUACCUCCUAACAGCACCUUGCACAAGUUUGUUGAACAGUAUUCCAAGCUUCAGUUCAUAAGGGACCAAGAUGAGGACUACGAGGAGAAAAAGUCGAAGAAGGAGGGGAAGAAAAAGUGGACAGGAGGGCCAUUAGUCGUGCAUGCUCUUGGGAACUGUACACCCCUAAUGUACGCAAGAUGUUUUGUGAGACAAAAGAUGAAUCAGAAUUCUACAUGGCAAUUGAAGUUAUAGCUGGCAGCAGGUACAUUGUUGAGCACUAUGAUUUUGAUAGAGUGCAAUAGUGGUGCAAGGGGAGGUACGUGGUGGAUGUUGUAGGUCAAGGUGAGAAAUAUGUGUCAAUGUGGUUUACUGUUGCAUUUUGGUUUGCCAUGCGCGCACAUCUUGAGGGUGCUCAUUAGCCAGGGUGUGCAAAAGAUAUCAGAUGGUCUGAUCGUUAAGCAUUGGACAAUGAAGGCACGAAUUAUGUUACCUGCACAUCUGGGAGCGUACGGCAAUAAGGAUGUUUCGUUAAUGGCUCAGACAUAUCGACACUCUUCUAUUAUGAUUAGCGUGCUUGAGUAUGUUGAGUUAGGUGACAGGAACAUUGAGAGCUAUAAAAUAGGAAUGCAGUUUCUGGAAGAAGGGAAAAAGGCAAUGAAAGCUCUUGACAUAGAGCGGGAUGGUCUUGGUCUAGCUAAUAGAGAGAAUGAUACGCAUUUGCCGGAAGAGGUAGCUGGUGCUGAUCAAUUUCCACUUAGAGUUCCAAAGAAGAAGAGAGACAAAGGUAGACCAAGUAACAAGAGAGACAAGCCGGGUUACAAAGGAGGUUCUAAAAGACCCUGUUUUUGUAGUAUAUGCCGCAGCGACAAGCAUAACAAGCUAAAGUGCCCUGAGAAAGACAUGGGAAAUCAGCAGCAAAGGCGGCAACCCACUUGUUCUCGGUGUGGUGUUCUAGGACAUAGCCAAGAUAGGUGCCAUAUUGGUGACCAACGCCUUGCUGCAAUUGCUGAUAUGUUAGUCCAAGGCUAUCAGCCAUUUCUUUUUUGUAAUCAAAUCAUUUUUCGAUCGCUCUGUGCCUUUUUGCCAUUCUGGUUUUGCA